UUCACGACGCCAUCAUGUCCGGCAUCGGUCCGCGGAACCGGAUCGCACCCGGCACGGCUCCGACGUCGCUCCCGAAGCGCCGCGGAGCCGCCUCGGCAUCGCACCGCCUGGGCUCGCGGGUCGGGCGCGAUCGGCUCGCUGCGGACCGGAAGGAGGAGGAGGAGGAGGAGGAGGAGGAGGAGGAGGAGGAAGAAGCUCGUGCCAGGUCGGGCCGGCUCGAGGUCGGAAUCGAAGCUUCGGGGAUCGGAGCGGGUCGAGAUCGGGGCACUACCUCGCCCGCUCGCCCGCGCCCGCCUGCGUGCUCGUCGUGGCCUACGACGGAGACAGCGGCACACGUCAAGAGACCCGGACACACAGCCCGCCAGCAUCUCGAGCAACCGCCGGGGCAGCCUUCGGGGUACAGCGGUGAGCAUGCGCCGGGGACCCCGAAACCAAGCCAGCUUCCAGGAAGUCGCCUCCCCAAGUGCUGGGGACAGGCAAGCGAUGAGGGGCUGAUUGAUGAUCACCUGCCACAUAGAGAGUUCGUCGCCAGGGUCAUUUGGGCACAACCCACCAGCCUCAGUCAUGGUUUACCAUCGGCCUCCGAUCAGGGACCACGCCUCUGAAUCCUGUAUUGCUUCCCUGGUAUGUCUGGCGAAGUGUGGCCUCUCUCCUCAUCCUGCCGCGUACCCUCAUACUACCCCUCAUCCUCUAUCUAAUCCCCACACUCCGCCGCCUCCUUCUAUCCCUCCAACUCCAAGGUCAGAGUGACACGUCGUCCGCGAGCAUCCCCUCGGGGGCUGUGUCGUUCAGCCAGAACAUGAUCCGGCCGACGUCGCCCUUGACCAUGCGAAAAAACACCGGCAUCGUCGCCAGGAGGAGACCGGUGACCAUCCACUGGUACGGCCUGCUGGACAUGAACGCGUACGAGCCCUCGUCCGACACAGCCAUGUCCUUCGCCGACAGCAGCAGCUCCUCGGCUUUCUGGUUCCCGGGCUCCAGGACGAGCAGCUGCUCCAGGGCGCUGACGGCGGCCUGGCGGCCCUUCUCGGUCACGGGGCCGGCGGCCAGAUGCGCCUUGGCCUUGAGGUACCAGGCCUUGGCGUUCCGCGGCUGCAGUGCCAGGGCGGCCUCGGACGUCUCCAGGGCACUGCCGGGUAUCUGGCCACCGGCCUGGAGCUGCGCCAGGGCCAGGUUGGUGUAGAGGGUGCAGCAGAGGGAGAUGAUGGCCUCGUCGGAGACCUCCUCGGCCGACCCAUCCGCACGGCGGCCCCCGGCGGCCUCGGCGACGUGGCGGUGGCAGGCCUCCGCGAUGUAGGACGCACCGAGGUUGAAGGAGUACGCGGCGGCGUGGAACUCCUCCCGGCCGAAGAGCCACUUCCCGCGCUCCCUGCGGCCAGGAACAGAUCCGCACCCCGAGCGCCCGGCGCCCGCGCCCCGGACCCCCC